AUGGCUGACAAGAAACAAUACAUUUCGACAGAUCCACCUGAAAAGAUCAAGUUUCGUCCAGAUCCUCAAGAAGAGCAAAAGUCGUAUUUGAAGAUCACAAACAAGAGUGAAAUGAAGCAAGCAUUCAAAGUGAAAUGCACCAGAAAUGAUUUGUUUCGUAUCAAACCAGCCACUGGGAUUCUCGAUUACAAUCAAACAUUGACGAUUGCUCUCAUUUAUAGAGGAGGUCAAGAGAAGCUUCCAUCCGAAGAGAGACAUCAUUUUGGUGUUUAUCACAUUCCUGCGCCCGAAGGAUGUACUUGUGAAGGCGCAUGGGCUGAACAUUAUGGACCGCCGCAGGGAGAACAUAAACUCAGAGUCGUUUGGGAAUAA